UGCAAAUGAGGAGCCAUGCCAUGUUAACUCACGACUGUGCAUUCACGAUUCUAUGCUUUCUUUAAAGUUUAAGGUUAUAUCCGAAAUACUCUUGCCAAUUUGAAAUGGCGGCUGUUGCAACACAAAACAAUGACUAUGUUCCGGGGUCAAUUGCCAUGUGGUAUGGAUAUCUUGGCAUUGGAAGAACAUUUCAAUGGUUCCACACGUUAAUUUACCUCGAGACUCCCGAAGCUACUACUCACCGGUACAGUAUAAUACUGGGAGGUUGGUGGAGCUUUUGAUGACUUGGUGAUUCUAACUGACUGCUCGCAGCACAUGAGCUCACUAACAUCGUAAUAACCUUCAGCACUAGCUAGCAUGCUCUAUAUGUAUAGCUGGCUCAAUCUCUUGUUAACACGGAACCUUAUAGGGUUUGGUUUGCUAUGAAUUCUUAUGUAGGUACACUGCAGAUAAUGAUGACCUCACAGCAUCUUAGCUUUUAGUCAAUCAUCAUGACUACUAUCGUUUGGCUAUGAUUCUUUCCGAAUGGGUCAUACAGUUAGUUAGCUUAAUAGCUUCACACUCAACACCUUCUCUAAUUACUUCAUGAGUUGCUUGCUAAUAGCACGUGAUCGUUAUCAUAAGCGCCCAAAACAUUACUUUUGGUGCACUGGCGUUAUGUGUCCUCCUCAGUACCUGGAGAAGCUUCGAGUUUCACCUAACAUCAUAUAUCGGAGGAGCUACUUGAACUUCAUUUAACAAGUCCAAUUUCUCUCUGCAGUACUACUUUUCGACAUUUACACCGCCCCAAAUAGUGGAGGUACUCAUAUUUCCAAAACCCCGCCGCGCAGACCAACCACCAUGCGAUUUACAUCUCUACCCUCGGCCCUGCUGCUUGGACUUACCUUGCACAUUGGAGUAGAAGGUGCCUCGGAAGACAAGAAACCCAAGCCUGUAGACCCAUGUACAAUAUCAUCGACGACCGGAUCUUUCUUUGAUUUGAGACCAUUAUCGAUACAGCUUCCGGAAGAAGGGAAGAAACCUGCCAAAAAUGCGAAGACGGAUGAUUGGCACGCGAGAGGAUAUGAUUACAAAGGGAAUUUUACACUGAAUGUAUGCGCGCCGGUAGUAGAAGGGGUGAAAGAUGUUGUCGGGGUGGACAAAAAUCAUUGGCGGAAUGUGAGCGCAUUCUAUGAGUUUGAGGGAAAGAAGUAUUCUGUCGGGUAAGUGGAUCUAUGUUUGAUUUCUCUCGGAGAACAAUAUUAACCAGCAAGCUUCAGACAACAAUCGGGGAACCUAACACUACGUGGAAGAAAGCUCGUUCUGGAAUAUACGAAUGGAUCACCAUGUGGAGGAAAGAACAAGAAAAGAAGCUGGGAUGAUGAUGAUGACGAUGACGAUGACGACGAUAAAUCAAUACGCCGAAAAUCUAGUAUCAUAUCCUUUCAUUGUGAGAAAGAUCCACUCGCCACGGCGUCAGCCUCGUACGUAGGCACUGAUCCGCAAGAAUGCGCGUACUUUUUCGAAGUGCGCUCGCAAGCUGCAUGUGGAGGCUCCGAACCUGCCAAACAAACUGUAGGCCCCGGUGCUGUCUUUGCCAUCAUAGGGGUUAUAGCCAUCAUGGUAUACUUCCUCGGUGGUGUCUUUUACCAACGAAACGUCGCGCAUGCAAGAGGGUGGAGACAAUUGCCUAAUUAUAGCUUCUGGGCUGGCAUAGGAAAUUUCAUAAAGGUGAGCGGGCAAAAAUGUUUUAUGAGAUCAAAGUACCAAGUCUUUCCCCGUGUAGCGUCCGUUAGGGAUGGCACGUCCAUUUUACCGACUAUGGAAGUGAGGGGGAUGUCGAGUCGCAGAUCCCAGAAGUCGUACAUACGUUCCGAGUAAUCCUAUACGCGGAAUACAAGUUCUCUCAUGUGGGAGGACAAGAUCUUUAUAUAUCAAAAAUUGAUGCGCGAGCGAGCAGCGGCAUUCAGCAUAGCGUUUCUUUUCGGUUUUCAGGCUGCAGUUAGGAUAGGCAUUCAGCAUUAUA